CGAACUCCAUGGCGGUGUGUCGUUUGUGCAGAGUAAAAAAUUCAGGUGUUUACUGACAAGUUUGUUACGAUCUUUGUCGCGCUUUUAAAAGAAAAUUUCUUCGUUUGUUUUUUUUCACCGGUAGGCACGUAGCCUUAUCCUUUUGUACAGGCUUCAAUGGCCGUUAAAUAGGGCAGGUACCUUAUCGCUUUGUUUACCUCUAAGCCGAGCCGCCUCUUCUUUCCUUCUCUACUCCUUUUGAGAUUUUGUGCAAAUUUUUAAAGUAUGGCAAUGGAAAUCGAUGAAUCUGUGGUAGAGGAGUUGGAUGAGCAGUCUUUUUCUUCUUCUCCUAAGUCGAGCGACAGCUCCAGUUCGAAUCGCGUUAAGUUUCUGUAUAGCUAUGGAGGACGCAUUCUUCCUCGGCCUGCCGAUGGAAAGCUCCGUUACGUCGGAGGGCAGACCAGAGUAUUUGCUGCCGAUCGUAACAUUACCUUUGCAGAGCUUGUUACGAAAAUGACUGAGAUCCUUGGUUCGAGCGUCGCGCUGAAGUUCCAGCUGCCGACCGAGGAUCUGGAUGCCUUGGUUUCGAUCAAAUCCGAUGAGGAUUUGAAAAACUUGUUGGAGGAAUAUGAGAGGCUGGAGGUGAAAGUGCGAGCGUUUCUUUUCCCUUUAAACCCUAAUGCGGCCGUUCGUGGAACGGCCACUCAUAUGGAUCAGAGCUCCGAGGAGAGGACCGGAACAAAGGCCAUUCCUAUGGCUCGUGUGUCUCAGGAGGCGCCUGGAUCCGCUCGAUUUUGUGCUCUGACAAAAACUCACAUUUCACAAGUUCGUGAUCAUCGGUUCGAAUCCCAUUGCCGUCAGGUCAGCGCACGUGGACUCUACCACAGCCAGCAAGGCGUGCACGAAACAGCUAUAAUGGCCGGACGACCGCCACGUCUGCCAUACAACAGUCCAGUCAGGUAUGCACUGCGCUGCCCUGCUCAAAUAUAUGAUCCGGCCGCCAUGCCACCUCAGCACAACUCUGCUGCAACGGUCGCGCCAAUGGCGUACGUGGACGACAGUCAGUUCUUACGUGUCGACCACCUGGUUUACAGUGGUUUUAAUUGUCAUUAUACUUCCCCUGCUCCUCAUUUUCAUUCGGCUCAGGUUCCAGUCCCGGGAAAGGCAAAAAUAGCUCCACCACAAUAUAAGGAAACCAUAGCUUAUAAGAACAUUUUGCAUAAUCCUUACCAGGGAGACGGCUUAGAGGGUUUUCGUGCUCACCAUCAGUUGCUCGUACAGCAUUAGCAGGAUCUACUCUGUUUUCAGAGGCUUUUGCCAGUUAUUUAUCAUAUAGAUGUCUAUAUAUAUAUAAUUUAGAGAGCUGUAAAUCUUUCAACAUAUCAAAACUACUCUAUUCAACUGUACACAAACGAAGAGAAAAUUAUGAUUUAUACACUUCCAGAUUCUUAUAUA